CGCUCCGUGGCAUUCAUCCGCAAGCAUACGCGCAAGACAACCAUCAUUCAUCAUCUUCUAUCACUAUAUCCAGCAUACUCGACCAUCGAGGUCCAGGCACGCACAACCGUCAAUCACGCUGCACCUGCAGAGGACCGAAAAGGUCGGCCACUAAAUUGCUACAUCUUUCUCCGCCCGGUGGCCUCAGCUCAGCACCCGAUUGACAGCACCGAACUGCCCUUGUAGCACUGCGAAAUCAUCUCGUCGCUUUUUCUCCAUCUACACUCGUCUUUUGCCGUCUGAAGGCCAGUCAGUCAUGGUGGACUCGGGAACGAUUCUCUUUGCAGGUCUGCUCCUGCUACCGCCCGCCUUGAUAUACCUCGUCAUCAGGCCGUACCUCAAAGGAGGCUCGAGCGGCGGCAGAAAGCCCUACACUGGCAAGUACGACCCUUCGACCGGAUUGGGCAGAGGUGCACCAGGCUUCACGACCAACGUGGCUCGUAUACCCGUGCCCGCGCACAUUGUGGCUAGGAUCAGGGCAGGCGAAGAAGUGAGCGCGGAGGAGAUCACUGCUGCUCAGGAUGAGGUGAGAAGGAAGAUGGAGCGUGAGGAGAGGGAGAAGAGAGGGGAGAGCGAGGAGGAGCAAGCCAAGUCAAAGAAGGGAAAGAAGGGCAAGAGACGAUGAGCAGGAGAGAGAGAGAGGCAUUCUCAAUAUUGUCUUCUUGCAGCUAGCAAUCAGCAUCACGCAUGACUACCCAAGCACACUGGACAGAGUGAUUGUUAUACACGUU